CACAGUAUGGAGACGCCUACAUGCGAGGACCCAAGCACUGAAGUUAGAGUGCUUAUGGCGCCUGUUUGAAUUGAGACACUUAGCCCUAACCGGGGUCCUUUAUUGGUGGGUGCGCGCUGCGGGUGCAUGAGGUCCCCGGUAGAGCGGGAUGUGCGGCUGGAGGUGCCGGUGACAGGAGGAACGGGAGGUGGAAUGGAGUCAAGUGGACUAAGGUUGCUGGUCUGCUUCUUUGGCGUGUUUGUGUGCUAUUUUUAUUAUGGAAUUCUACAAGAAACUAUAACCCGUGGGAAAUAUGGGGAAGGGGAGAAGCAAGAAAAGUUUCGAUUCGCACUGUCGCUGGUUUUUGUUCAGUGUAUCAUUAAUGCUUUGUUUGCCAAAUUGUUGAUCCAUUUCUUUGACUCAGGGAAGGCAGAUCGCACACAGAGCUGGCUCUAUGCUGCCUGUUCCCUGUCCUAUGUUGGAGCCAUGGUGUCCAGCAAUUCAGCACUCCAGUAUGUCAACUAUCCCACACAGGUUCUGGGGAAGUCCUGUAAACCUAUUCCAGUGAUGCUCUUGGGAGUAACAGUUUUGGGAAAGAAAUAUUCACUCACCAAGUACAUGUGCGUCCUGCUCAUAGUGAUAGGCGUAGCUCUAUUUAUGUACAAGCCGAAGGGUAGCAGUUCCGGUGCUGAUGAUCAUGUGUUUGGCUACGGUGAACUACUGUUGCUUCUUUCACUUACUCUUGAUGGUUUGACUGGAGUAUCUCAAGAUCACAUGAGGGCCAAUUUCCAAACUGGAUCCAACCAAAUGAUGCUCCACAUUAACCUUUGGUCAAGCCUAUUCCUAGGAGCAGGUAUUGUGUUCACUGGGGAACUUUGGGACUUCCUGAGUUUCACUGAGCGGUAUCCCAAUGUAGUCUACAAUAUUCUGCUCUUCAGUCUUACAAGUGCUCUUGGGCAGACUUUUAUAUUUAUGACUGUUGUAUAUUUUGGACCCCUGACUUGUUCCAUAAUCACUACCACAAGGAAGUUCUUCACAAUUCUGGCAUCUGUUUUGCUUUUCUCCAACCCAAUUAGCAGCCUGCAGUGGGUAGGAACUAUAUUCGUGUUUUUGGGUCUGGGACUAGAUGCCAAAUUUGGAAAAGGAUCCAAAAAACCUUCCCACUAAUGCUGCAUUCCAGGAACCUCGGGAUGACGUGAUCAGACCUCACUCACUGUUCUUCAGUACAUAAAUAUAUAUAAUAAUUAUUUUUUUUUUAACUCUGUUUCUAAUUUUAUUGAUGAUGGAAAGGGAAAAGGAUUUUAUGUAGAGUAUACAUAAAUAUUAAAACUGAACACGUU